AUGACCGAGUUCAUUCGCAAGUUGUGUGGAAGGUUUUUGAAAGUCGAAGCGCCGCAGAGCCGAGCGGUGGAUGAGAUCCACUACAAGGAUCCAUCCAACCAACUGCCAGGACAGAAGCAGAAUAUUGGGUUUACAACCCGAGCAACGCUCAGCAGGCUCCUUGAUGCAGGAGAUAUCACGCCACAGCAAGUGGAGAGGUUCCAUCAGGCAGCGCUGGCAUUUCUGAUAGGGGCAGUUGAGUAUGCUAUUGUGAAACUACCCCUGAGAGAGACCCUGCUGAAACAUGCCAGGUUUGUUGACGUCCAGCAGAGGACUGAGUGUGAAGUGAAUGAUGCUGCAUACUUUGUGGAACGGUUUCCUGAACUGCUUCCAUACCAUGGACCCCAAGAGCAUGAUCAGCUGAGUGAGGAGUUCCUGGACUACCAGUUAAUGGACAUCCCUGUGCCCCAAGAUCCAGCCAUGUUUGACAUUGAGGCUUUCUGGGGGGAUAUGAGCUCACUGAAGAACAGGGGAAGAAAUAUUCAGCACACACCCACUGACAUGAGCAGCUUAAUAACUGCAGAAAUAUGUAGGAGUGGAAUCAGGCUUCCUUGGUUCAUUUUUUUAAAGGUGACUGGUAUGAGCAGAUUUCCGAGGCCGUCUACAAUAGCCAAACUGGUAUUAGUUCUGCCUCACUCAAAUGCAGAUGCAGAGAGGGUUUUUCCAUGGUGGGGCUUAAUAAAACCAAAACCAGGAACGCGUUGGCUCUGGAUGGAACUCUGUCAUCCAUCAUGACUGUAAAAAUGGCUGACAUUGAACCACAUUGCUUUAAAUGGGAGCCCCCAAUAUCGGUCAUCAAGGCAUCAAAAUCUGCCACAAACACUUACAACACACAUCAUCACUCAUAAACACAAACACACACAGCUGCUGUUCAUUUGUUUGUUUGUUGUUUAACGCCAUGUUUACCCAUUGGUCACUCUCAUGGUAAGAUAGGUACCUAGCUUUGUUCGGGUUAUUUAUUCAUCUUCUUUAUCUUCUGUCCUUUCUGUGUUUAUUUGUAGAUGUGUAUUAUCAGUCCUGUAUUUUUCAAAUCAUUCAUCUGAGUUUCUGUGGUGAUUUUAGUCAAGAAAACCUCGACUGAUGUUCCAGUUCAUUAUAAAACUGGUCAGUGGUGCUGAGGUUUGUGUGGGUCACUGGAGUUUCUUUAAACCGAGCGUUUCUUCAUGUCAGUAGGUUAGUGCACUAACUGAGUCAGUAUCAGGUGUAAAACUGUACAAGUCAGAUAAUGUGAUCACAGGUUGUUAAAAUACAAAAUAGAAAAUUAAAUACUUAAUAAUAUUUAAUAGUGGCUUCA